ACGCGUUGGUGGUGCCUAUUAAUCAUUCACCAGCUCUGAGCCGCUCCAGUUAAUGGCUGUGGCGCGCUGGGGCUCGAGCCCGCUCCCACUCUGCGCUUCCGCGCUCCGGUGUGCCCAGGCGCCCCAGAGCGGCAAGAGGCGGCGCGCUAGCAGCCGCCGGGCGUUGCGCUCGGCCGGCGUGGGUCGGAGCCGCGCUCCCCGGAGCUGCUGCGCCUCACUGCCACGCACCGGGCGACUGUGAGCUGCGGACGAUCGGCCGGGUGUCCAGGGAGGGCGCCAGCGGCCGAGACGGAAGGAGGGUGUCCCCAGCGCCGACCCCCCAUGAGCUGGGAUGUUCCCCAAUGGCACCGCCUCCUCUCCUUCCUCUUCCCCUAGUCCCAGCCCGGGCAGCUGCGGCGAAAGCGGCUGCAGCAGGGACCCCGGGAGCGGCGCUGCGGACGGCAUGGAGGAACCAGGACGCAACGCAUCCCAGAAUGGGACCUUAAGCGAGGGCCAAGGCAGCGCCAUCCUGAUCUCUUUCAUCUACUCCGUCGUGUGUCUGGUGGGACUGUGUGGGAACUCCAUGGUCAUCUAUGUGAUCCUGCGCUACGCCAAGAUGAAAACGGCCACCAACAUCUACAUCCUAAACCUGGCCAUCGCGGACGAGCUGCUGAUGCUCAGCGUGCCCUUCCUGGUCACCUCCACGUUGUUGCGCCACUGGCCCUUCGGCGCGCUGCUCUGCCGCCUCGUGCUCAGCGUGGACGCGGUCAACAUGUUCACCAGCAUCUACUGUCUGACUGUGCUCAGUGUGGACCGCUAUGUGGCCGUGGUACAUCCCAUCAAGGCAGCCCGCUACCGGCGGCCCACCGUGGCCAAGGUGGUGAAUCUGGGCGUGUGGGUGCUCUCGCUGCUGGUCAUACUGCCCAUCGUGGUAUUCUCGCGCACGGCGGCCAACAGCGACGGCACGGUGGCCUGCAACAUGCUCAUGCCCGAGCCUGCCCAGCGCUGGUUGGUGGGCUUCGUGUUGUACACGUUUCUCAUGGGGUUCCUGCUGCCCGUCGGGGCCAUCUGCCUGUGUUACGUGCUCAUCAUCGCCAAGAUGCGCAUGGUAGCCCUCAAGGCCGGCUGGCAGCAGCGCAAGCGCUCGGAGCGCAAGAUCACGCUCAUGGUGAUGAUGGUGGUGAUGGUGUUUGUCAUCUGCUGGAUGCCUUUCUACGUGGUGCAGCUGGUCAAUGUGUUCGCUGAGCAGGACGACGCCACCGUCAGCCAGUUGUCCGUCAUCCUGGGCUAUGCCAACAGCUGUGCCAACCCCAUUCUCUACGGCUUCCUGUCGGACAACUUCAAGCGCUCUUUCCAGCGCAUCCUGUGCCUCAGCUGGAUGGACAACGCCGCCGAGGAGCCGGUCGACUACUACGCCACGGCCCUCAAGAGUCGCGCCUACAGCGUGGAGGACUUCCAGCCCGAGAACCUGGAGUCUGGCGGCGUCUUUCGCAAUGGCACCUGCACUUCCCGGAUCACCACCCUUUGAGAUGGGGACACGUAGGGAGAA